AUGGCGGACAUGGGCGAGUUAGAGAUGGCACGGACGCUGGGCGUGAAGGCGCGAAGAGUUCUUAUCCCCUUUACCAACUACUCCCUACCACCACUGCCUACACUCCUGCACUGCGCACCAACUUAUCACCUCUUGCCCUACGAUCCGCAGUGGCGUCCGUCGCCCACUCCCCAUGAAAUUACUUCACCGCUCAAGGCUUUUCCACACAUUAAAGUUUAUGACAUGAAAGAGUUGUCAAUUUGCAAGCAGGGCACAACACGGUAUUGCACGGUUUGGGGUUCCUUUGAAGCCCAGAGUAAUCAGGCCACCAUUAGUAAAACACCUUCGAAAGUGGGCCAAAGGCCGGAGACAGAGACAGCCGGACACAUUGCCUUUCCAGUUCAUGGACCAGCGGGAAAGAUGAGGGCCCCAGGAACUCUAAGUCGACUCCACGUUUUGACCAGAAUCUUAGCCGUUCCUCGCAUACAAGGAAAUUUAACCAUAAAUAGAUUCCAGCCAAUUCGUCUCAUAUCGGAUGCUUCAAAAGUGUCAAUCGGAGAUGUGUCGAAGGAGAUACACGCUCCAAAAAAUCCAGAACUUGUUCCCACAGGAUACAUCAGAGGCAAUGUGCCGCAGUCGGUCCUGAAACAUUUACGAUGGCUGAUCCAGAAGGACAAGUUAGGGCAAGACGUGUUCCUCAUUGGGCCCCCAGGACCUCUCAGGCGGCUACUUGCAAUGUCAUAUCUGGAAUUGACGCAGCGCGAGAUCGAGUUUGUUACCUUAACACGAGAUACAACAGACACAGAUCUCAAGCAGAGAAGGGAAAUUAAGUCUGGUUCUUCAUUUUAUCAUGAUCAGAGUGCAGUCCGGGCAGCUAUUGAAGGUCGUGUGUUGGUCCUUGAAGGGGUUGAAAAGGCUGAGAGGAAUGUCUUGCCUGUCUUGAAUAAUUUGCUUGAAAACAGAGAGAUGCAGCUUGAAGACGGAAGAUUACUCAUUGCGAGUAACAGAUAUGAUAAGCUCCUACAGGAGUACACGGAAGAAGAAUUGUUGAAAAUGAACUUAGUCAGAGUUAAUGAAGACUUUCGGGUCAUUGCCCUGGGCCUACCAUCACCGCCUUAUCAGGGCCAUCCCCUCGACCCUCCUCUCAGGUCCCGGUUUCAGGCCAGAGACGUCUCAAGUUUGCCAUUCAAGGUAUGUAAUGUGUAUUGCUUUUUCUGAACAAUGAAGGGUGUCUCACUGUUGAGACUGCCAGAACUUGGAGAUUAGCUGGCCUCCUCAUACCUGAGACACUUGUGUUCUCAGUUUACACUUUGAUUGGGUCAGCCGCUACGUGUCCCUCACCCCUGUGUCUCUGGCAGUGGGCAGAGGCAAUAGCUACCAUCCAGAAAUAUGUUGUCUUUCAUUUGGAGGUACCCAUCAUGAAUGCGUUAAGUUCUAAUGUCCAGUGUAAUGAUGUGUGGUGAGUUUAUCCCACUUGCUGCCGCCAGUGUAAUAAUGUGGGGAGGAUGUGUCCCUACUGUGAUGGCUCUGCUUUGAUUCCAAUGCCGCCGGGGA